CACACAGCGCAGCACGGGCAGGCUCCUAGAGGCUCCCCAGGAGGCCUCCACCCUGUCCUGGAUGGUCGGCGUGGCGCUCUGGAGGGCAGGGGCCUCCAGAGGAUAGGGUGUGAGGUGAUGGUGGGAAGGCUUCUCUGAGGAGGUAGCGCCUGUGCGGGUGGGACAGCCUCGUGGACGUUGGCAGGAACAGCAUCCCAGGCAGAGGGAACAGCCAGGACGAAGCCCCGAGGUGGGAGGGAGGGCAGCCGGCAGCCAGUGGGCGAGCGCAGGGCUGGCGGGACAGGCAGGCCCGGCGGGAGGACUGCAGCUGUGCUUUUCUUUGAAAUCCUCUCGACAAGGCCCCCGGAAUGCGGAUGACGACUCACGGCUGAAGGUGCCUGGACAGUGGUCUGCAGCUGGAGGGCCCGUGAGGCCAGGCUCCUGGGGCUGUGUGGCCUGGGCCCGGGUCCUUGGGGUCCAGACAGGGGGCAGUGGGCUGGCCGGCCCACACUACUGGGCUGAGGCCUCAAGGCCAGGGCAGAGCCACACAGGUGACGGGACGCCCCAAGGCCAACCACAAAGACUUCCUCUCCCCCACCCAGCCCCUAGAGUCAGGGAGGGAAAUGACCAUCCCUGGCCCAGUGCCUGGCCUGGGGGCCAGUGUGAGGCCCAUUGUUUGAGGCUGGAGCUGGGGGGUCCAGGGCCUCCGGGAAGCCCCCGGCAAUGUCCUUUGUCCCACUUCCCACAAAUCCAGAGGUCCAGCGAGGAGCCGGGUGAGCAGACGCGGCAGCUCCGGCAGGAUGAAGGUGCUGGUGGCUGUCCUGCUGGCUCUGCUGCUGUGCGGGCAGCCAGCCUCAGUUUCCUCUUCUGUGAAAUGGACAGGCCAUCCUGACGGCUACGGGCCAGCUGCUGUAAAGGGCCAGCACACACCCCCUAGUGUUGCCGGUAAGGAACACACAGGCAGAGGGCGGACGCAGGAGGUCGAGGAUGAUGACAUGGACGCUGGACCUGAAGGCUAUGACGAGGACGACGACGAGGAGGAUGACGAGGCCAGCGUGACUGCAGGCAGCAGAGGCACAGUGCAGCUGCGGUGCUACUCCUGCCAGUCCCUGCACCGGGAUGAGAGCUGCAGACAGAUGCAGAGCUGCAUCCUCCCCAAGACCUGCAAAACCAUCGUCUCCCACUGGAAUACUGAGUCAGGUCCCCGGACCACCUACUCGGGGUGGUGUGCAGACACAUGUCAACCCAUCAGCAGGACGGUGGAUGGAUCCCUGACGACCAUAUCCUGCUGCCAGGCCAGCCUGUGCAACAUCCCGCCCUGGCAGGACCCCCAGGGAAGCGGGGCAGGUGGCCCCCAGGGUAGACCCUCAACCAUGGCCACCGCCCUCCUGUUCAGCCUCCUCGCCGGCCUUCAGGCAAUGGUGUUCUGAGUGGGGGGGGUCCCACCCCCACCCCCACCCCCACCCCCACCCCCAGCCCUGCUUAUACCCUGGCUGGUCAGCACUCUGCCCACUGUCUUCCCCUCCCUUCCCCUCCCCUGCCCCCACCCCAGCUUUGGAGAAUAAACUGGAAGCGUCUGUAAUGA